GUCCUCUUGUAAACAUCACAUACAAAGACCCACACACACACAGCACUCGACUCGAUGCAGCACAGUUUGCGAUUCAAAAAUGAGCACAGUUCGCUUUGCGAGAUCGCUUCGGUUGCUGCGUGCACAAGAAGGAAGGAUACCACGAGGAGGGAUUUUGGCGGGAUUUGGCGGGAAAUCUCAAUCCGAACAAUACCCGGUCGUCGGAAGGACAAAGAGAGCAGUCCGCACCACUCCGACUGUCGGACUUGGCACAGGCACAUGCCUCAUCCUGGCAUUCUUGCACGGAUGGGGAUGCUGGGUCGGCGACGGCCGAGGAGGCCAUCGUUGCGGUCGUUACAAUACAGUCCCACGCCUCGGCCAACCUCACUUCACUCACAACGCCAUGCACACGACGCCGCGUACUCAAUCAGAAUGCACCAUGCCAUUACAAACACAACUUUGUGCAAAACCCACUCACUUGUUGCUUCCAUUGCUCCAAUUUGUGCUUUUUGAUUCUGCUUCCCAUAGUGACAAAUUUCCACCCAACUCAAGUAACCUCAAAACAAACUUUCGAAUGACAUCCAUCAUUUCAACUGCCGAGGCCUUUGUUCGCGAGCAAAUGCUUGGAAACGACGCGUCGCACGACUGGGCGCACGUUGAUCGCGUGCGCAACGUGGCCGUUCGCAUUGCGAAACGUGAGCAGGCUGCCAAUCCCGCAAUCGACCUCGAAAUUGUCGAGCUGGCUGGUAUUCUCCACGACGUUGGUGAUUUCAAGUACUCGGGCAGUGAAACCGCCGGAGAAGAAAUGGUCGUUGCCUUUUUGAAAGAUCAAGGGUAUGCUGCAGAUCGCGCAGAGCGUGUGGCAUACAUUGUGGGUAACCUUUCGUUUCGCAAGGAGCUUGGCAAGGGUGCUCAAGCCCACGCAGAACCGAUCGAGCUGCAAAUCGUGCAGGAUGCCGAUCGAUUGGAUGCGAUUGGUGCCAUCGGUGUCGCUCGCUGCUUGACGUUCGGUGGUGCGAAACACCGCACACUUCACGACCCGGCCAUCCCUGCGCUGGUGAACAUGACCAAAGAGCAAUAUAACGGGCUCAAGAACAAGGGCACCACGAUGAAUCACUUCCCAGAAAAAUUGCUCAAGCUCAAAGAUCUCAUGAAGACAAACACUGGCCGCGAAAUGGCUGUGACGCGUCAUGAAUUUAUGCUCCAGUUCCUCGAUCAAUUCUAUGCUGAAUGGAAUGGCGCAGUGUAACACGAACGAAAUUGUAGGCACUGAAUUCGGCUAUCCUUGGAUUAAACAUUGAGUGGACGAAAAGCGCAGCAUGCGCAAAAUCUCAAUU